UCGUUGAUCUUCUUGUUAGUGUAGAGAGAGAAACCGAGCAUGGGUGUCCAUGAAUGUUCUUCUCUGAACCAGAAGAAGAAACCCACUAAAAUCUCCAUGGAUUCAGACCAAAAGCUUAAGUUUCUAUGUAGUUAUGGUGGCUCUUUUAUUCACUCUUCACAAGCCGGAAAAACCAGAUACUGUGGUGGUGAAAAUCGUCUUCUCUGCAUCGACAAGAAUACCUCUUUCUCUCUCUUCAUCUUUAAGCUCUCAAAGCUUUGUCCCUUCCAUUCUUUCUCCUUGAAAUACAUGUUGCCCGAUUCUUGUAGUUGUACCCCUCUGGUUUCUGUUUCAGGUGAAGAUGAUUAUUGUAAUAUGAUUGAGAUGAACCUUGAGUUCUUCGCUGAGGGCAAGACCCCAAGAUUCAGAUUCUUUCUUUUCCCUCAGCCUUUAACCAGGUAUGCCAUUGAAGAAGAACCCAAUUAUUUUACCAGAGGAUCCAUUCAAGAACCCAAUUCUUUUAUUGGAGGUUCUUUUCGAGAACACAGUUCUUUGAAUCGAGUUUUCGUUCAAGGAACUGCCUACUUUAAUGGAGAUUCCAUUGAAGCACGCACUUCUUGCAAUGUCCGUAGUCUAGGAACUCAAGGAGUGAAGAGUUUCUUUGGGAUUAAGCAGGGGCAAAAAAGUUUCUAUGGCGAUCGCUUUGGUCAGGAAGCUCCUGGUUCUAAAACCCACAAAACCCAUUACCAGGCUCGGGACUCAGGUUUUAGAUUACCAAGUCAUAUCCAAGAACCAGUUACAAAAGGUGUUUUUAAUGGUAAAGAAUUUGAGCCAGAGUUGAAGCCUAGGGAUGUCGAAUGUUAUUCCUUACCUAGGUAUAAAAUCAGUCCUGUUCUAUUGCCCAAUCGAUCCUGCAAUUGCGAAGGAACCUAUAAAUCGAGUAGGGUUCUUAGUUUUGAUGGAUCUUCUUUUGUUGGGAAUUUGUAUAUGGGUAAUGAUGAAGACGGUAACCGCGGUCUUGGUGAACUGAACCCUGCAUAUGCUCCUUUUCCUUUUCUUGGACUCAGUAAAAAUGGUUGUAAUUUCUUGCCCAAUAGGUAUUUUCAGAAGAAUGGUGGUGUUUUGAGCCAUGAGGAAGGGCCUCGUUUCAGAGAGUGCUGUCGAGAUCUAUCGAAACCCAAAUCCUUUCUCCUGAAAUUGAGACAAUCGAAGCCGAGCCUUCCUUCUACGAGCAAGUCCCAUCGCAAGAACUGUGAUGUUAGACAAUACAAUUGGGAUGAAAAGGGGAGGAUGAUGGGCCGUAACAGAGAAAAGCCACGGUUAACAAGGUUUGCAAGGAUGGAGGAAUCCCUUUCUACAAUUCAUGCUUCAGGUCAGAAUGAUUCCCAAAGCGUAAUGGAUACUUCUGUAAAAGAAAAGGGGAUGGAAUUGAGUUCCACUGGUCAAGAUGAAAACAGUAAAGCACCUGCUGAACUUGGCGAGGCUUGUGAAGGAGAUGUGAGUUGUCCUGAUCAAUCAACCCAGGAAACACAAAAUGAUCUUUUGCCGAACGGUUUGUGCCCCAAUGAUUUUAGUAAGACAAAUAGCAUUUCAGUACUCGAUAUGCACUCUUUGAGGCAAGCAUCACAACCAACUCAACAAAGCGAGUUCCUUAGAGAGGAUCCUAUUUCAAGAAAUCUAAAUGGAGAAACUGGAUUUUCAGUUCUGGCUGUAGAUGGUUGCCCAGAGGACAAUAAUAAGAAACAGGAACCUGAGGAUACUGCUAUACAGCAGCCAAAUGGUUCCGAGGUGAUACGGGGCGUCAAAAUGGAUACUUUGGCAAGCUUUUCUCAUUUAGCUGCGCAAGAGUUGCAGAUCAUAUCGUAUUCAGACUUGGAAGAAAUACGUGAAUUGGGAACAGGGACUUAUGGUACUGUGUAUUAUGGAAAAUGGAGGGGCUCUGAUGUAGCCAUCAAGCGGAUCAAAGGUAGUUGUUUUUCAAGUGGGCGACCAGAGGAUAAUAAAUUGAUUGCAGAGUUAUGGAAGGAAGCUCGCAUGUUGGGUCAGCUUCACCACCCUAAUGUGUUGGCAUUCUAUGGAGUUGUUAAGGAUGGACCAGCUGGUAGUCUGGCCAUAGUCACAGAGUAUAUGGUGAAUGGAUCCCUUAGACAAGUGCUUCGAAGAAAGGACCGAACAAUUGAUCGUCGGAAGAGGGUAAUAAUAGCCAUGGAUGCAGCAAUUGGAAUGGAAUAUCUACAUGAGAAAAAGGUUGUUCACUUCGAUUUGAAGUCCCACAAUUUGUUAGUAAAUAUGAGAGAUCCUCAUCGGCCGGUUUGUAAGAUUGGAGAUUUGGGUUUGUCAAAAGUCAAACAGCAGACUUUGGUAUCUGGUAGUGUGCGAGGAACUUUACCAUGGAUGGCCCCGGAGCUCUUGAGUCUGAAAGCAAACAUGGUGACUGAGAAGGUCGAUGUUUAUUCAUUUGGAAUAGUUAUGUGGGAGCUUUUAAAUGGAGAUGAACCUUAUGAUAAGAUGCACUCCAGUGAAAUGAUUGAGGGGAUAAUCAAUGGUGAACUGAGGCCAGAGAUCCCGAGCUGGUGUGACCCCUUGUGGAGAUCACUGAUUGUGAGAUGCUGGUCCUCCAAUCCUGAUGAGAGGCCGACUUUCUCAGAGAUAGCAAAGGAGCUAAGAUCCAUGGCUACUUCUAUGAACAUUAAGUGACUAUGAACAUCGACUGAUUGUUAACUUACUGCUUGAGCUGAAGUGGCUCUCAUAGGAAGUUUUGCAGGUUACAAUGAUAAUGCAAUAAUAGCAGUAAUAGUAUGUAUAUGACAGAGACAGUACACAAAGGCAUGCCGAGAUGUCGUCAAUUGAACCAUCCGGCAUAUAUUGGUUUUUGAGUCCUGUGAUCUGUACUUUGAGAAUGAUAUAUACGGUCAUGUGCAAUGUGAAUAUGAAAUUAUGGGGGUGCUUUGAGCAAAAUUAUGAGUCUUUUUCCUGGUCAAGACAAAAGGCUUGAGAUCUUUCAUAUGCAGCUUUAUGAUAAAUUGCAGGAGGUGUUUGCCAAAAUAAAGGCCGGUGCAGGAUACCAAGUUUCUGUCCCCAUUGUCCUGAUAUUGGAAUGCUAAUUUUUUGUCCCCAUUGUCAUGAUAUUGGA